AGUUGCCAUGGAGACCGACAGUAACACCAGUUGUAAACUCCAUGGCAAGAGGGGAUGGCCACGUUAGCCCUGCUGCAAGCUCGGCAGACUUAUGUAGGAAAGCAGUACUACUAUAGGAACAAUGUUGUGAAUACAUUUAGAGAACAGGAGAAUGCCGCAGUAGUGAAAAUCCAGAGCUGGUUUCGAGGAUGUCAAAUUCGGGCAUAUCUCAGGCAUUUAGGCAGAGCAGCAACAAUUAUCCAAAAAUGGUGGAGAAGUUACUUAGGCAGAAAACAAUUUCAACUAACUGUGAAGGUAGCAUAUUAUACUAUGAAGAUGAAUCUCUACAAUGCAAUGGCUGUCAGGAUUCAGAAACGAUGGCGAGGCUAUAAGGUUCGGAAAUACCUCUUUAAUUAUUUUUAUUUCAAAGAAUACCUGAGAGCUGUUUCAGAGACCAAUGAUGCAAUUAGGGAGGCACUGGAGGAGUUCGCAGAGAUGAAAGAAAGAGAAGAGAAGAAGGCUAACCUCGAAAGGGAAGAGAGGAAAAAAAAUCACCAAGCACGAAAGACGCAUUACCUGCUCAGCACAAACCAGAUUCCAGGUAUAUACAAUUCACCAUUCAGAAAAGAGCCUGACCCAUGGGAAUUGCGGUUACAGAAGGUAAAGCCUUUAACACACCGAAAACCCAAAGUGAAGGAGGAGUACAACACAGACCUUACCAGCUGGCUCGCUUGCACGAGUGCCCGUUCUUUUCCUCCAUCUGAAAUUCUGCCACCUAUUAAUAGGAAGCAAUGUCAGGGGCCUUUCCGAGAUAUCACUGACGUGUUAGAACAACGCUACAAGCCUCUGGAGCCAACGCUGUGGGUGACAGAACCAAUCAAUGAAUUGAAGCUGGCUAGAGAGCAGCUCAGAAGAGAGCAAUGGGUGCGAAAUGUAAAUGAUAACAUGUUUUUUCCAUUUGCUUCCUACCAUAAAAAUAGUAAGUACAUCCCAUCGAUACAUACAUCAAGCAAGUAUGGUCCUGAUUCUUAUGGAAAACAACAAUUCCGAGCUGAAAAUCCUAAGAAAUGGAUCUGUGACAAGGAUUUCCAAACUGUAUUACCAUCAUUUGAGCUCUUCUCCAAGUAUGGAAAAUUAUAUUCAAAAGCUGGAGAAAUUGUAUAAAGUUUUGGUUUUAACAAAUAAAAGAAGAGAAAAUGUAAAAAUGAAGCUAAGGAAUGAAGUGAACAUGAAAUAAAAGACACCCACUGCCUGGAGUUCUGGAUUCUACUUUCAUGCUGAGCAGAAACCUUAACACGAGUCUCUUAGCCUCUGUGAUUUUCUCUCUCUUAUGUGUCAGAAGAAGCAACUGAAACUAUCUGCAUUAAGAGCGAAUCAGUUCUACAAGGACAUACAGAUGAGAAUCCUAUAGGAAAUACACUUAAACCAUACUUCCUAUGAUUUAAUAAACUAUAAUAUUUUGUAGCCUA